AUGUUAGCAGCCAAACAGACUGGCGGCAUAAUGUUAGCAGCCAAACAGAUCGGCGGCGUGAUGUUGGCAGCCAAACAGACUGGCGGCGUGAUAUCAUCACACCAUGUGGACCUGAUAGAAAUUGGCGUUGCUCUUCUGGACAAACUUGUGACAAGAAUUCAGGCACAUGCGAAACGAAGGAUAUGCGAUACGGGUUGGACAAUGUUUCAUUCUUCUUGCUAUAAGCUGUUCCGUCAAAGAGUCUCCUGGGACGAAGCAAAAACCAGAUGUGAGCUGGCAAAUGCCGUCCUGGCUUCAAUCACAAGUCAAGAGGAGACCGACUUCAUUUAUGCAAAAUUAUUGCUUGAAACAGGCAAAGUGAAUGUCUGGAUUGGAGCAAGCGAUAUAGAAAAUGAAGGGACAUGGAAAUGGAUAUCGGGAGAAGACUGGGCGUAUGAGCGUUUUGUAACAGGAGAGGCAAGAGGCAGUGAUACAGAAAAUUGCCUUUGUGUUGGAGAUGACAAUUGGUGGUAUGCUUUGCCUUGCAACGAUAAUAAAAAUGAUUAUCUAUGUGAGAAACAGAUAUGA